UGUAGUCAUUGCUUGAAUAUGCUUGCCAUAAGCAUGAGGUUGAAACUGCUACUUCAAAUAAUUUUCUUAGCUCAAUCUCUGAAUUAUGGCGAGGGAAAGAAUAUUUUUUUCUACGGGGGGGUGUCUGGGAUUAGCCACAGAAUUUCGGUGUGGCCUCUUGUUGAAAAAUUAGCAGACAAGGGUCACAAUGUAACGUUUUUCUCACCCUUUCCACCAAAAGUUCCAAACCACAAAGUCCAUGAAAUAAUUCCUGAAAAUUUUCUUCAAAAAAUGGGACUGACAGUCGAUUUUCUUGGAGCCAGACUUGAAGCAGGUGCACCUGCCAUCAGCAAGAUUUGGAACGGCUACAUUGAUUUCUCCAUAAAUAGUUGCGAAGUGGUAAUGCAAGACGCAAAGUUAGUUGAAUGGAUCAAGAGUUCUUCGUACGAUUUGGUCUUUGUAAACGGUUUUUUUAACGAUUGUGGACUCGCGUUGUCACAUUACUUCAAGGCUCCACACAUCAUUUUCGGAACUGUAACCUAUCUCGGGUGGUGGUCAGAAAGCUAUGGGUUUGCAGAUGAAAAUCUGCCAGAGCUUCAAUACCAUUUGCCCAGUAAUAUGAAUUUUUUUGAGAGAGCAUUCAACCUCUUGAGACCCUUGCACUGGCAUUAUAAUCGACUUAACAAAGUGUUCCCAAGGAUAGAAGCUGCAGUCAGCAAGGGGCUGAAUUUAACUGACCUUCCACCUCUUCAUGAAAUUGAACGUAACGUGGCGUUCAUCUUUGUAAAUGCUCAUCACACGACGGACUAUCCGCGUUCGACUCCUCCUCUGAUAGUGGAAGUGGGAGGGAUUCAUUUAACGGAGACAACUCGACCUCUUUCCAAGGACCUGAUGGACUUUAUUGAUGCAGGAAAGAAAGGCUUCAUCUACUUCAGUUUCGGGACAUUUGCUAAACCGGAAACCCUGCCUGUAAUUUAUAAAGAUAUGUUUUUCGAAUCAAUGCGAACAUUCAAAGACAUUCAAUUUAUUGUAAAAUGGAAUGAAGAAAGUGUGCCUAAUUUGCCCAAAAAUGUAAAAAUUGCUCAGUGGGUUUCCCAACAAGAUAUUUUAGCUCAUCCAAAAAUCCAUGCAUUUAUCUCGCACGGCGGACUACUUGGAAACCAAGAAGCUGUGUAUCAUGGGGUUCCUUUGAUUUUGAUUCCUCUGUUUGGAGACCAAGAUUUUAAUGCGGACAGGACUAGCGAACAAGGAAGGGGCAUCGUACUUGAAAUCAUGACCAUGACACAAAGAAAGUUGGAAGACGCGAUAAUGGAAAUUACCACCAAUCCAAAGUAUAAGGCAAACGCCAAACACACCUCGAAAUUGUUUAGAGACAAAAAGUCGAAACCGUUGGAGGAUGCAAUUUGGUGGACAGAUUAUGUUUUACGUCACGGAGGAAACACUGCCCAUCUGAAACCGGUAGGAAUGUCUCGAACGUGGUACGAAAGACGUCAGCUCGAUGUAUGGUCCUUUUUUCUUUUCAUGGUAAUGGCAACCCUCUUAAUGCUGACGGGUCUUGUGGGUGGAUUGUUAUAUAUGAUUAGCCGCAUGCUGGCUAUGGUGAGAACUCAACCAGAAAAAAAAGUUGCCAACAAGAAGAAAAAGUAAAUAAGGCUUGAAUUUGUUUAUGUCAUAUAUAUUAAAUAUUACUAUUAUUGAAAAAAAAUUGACAAGUAUUAUGGAACAAUGAUUGUCAAAUGAGUUAGUCUAUUGCAUAGUAAAAUACAAUAUCAAAAGAUAAAAGAAAAUAUAAUAAAAGCACCAAGUUUCUAACUUGAA